ACAACUAUUUUAACAAUUAAAUUUGACUUUCAUUUUUGUUCCACGUGUUCGUUCUAGACGUAAUAUAAUUCACGAUCUGGACGGGGAAAAAUGUACGGUCAUUAGCAUGUAACGGUGGUGUACGCUGAUAAUGGUCGAUUUGAAACCUAGUGCCUCCGCCACUCCUGCUAAAUCCGGUGCGUCCCAGUCACCUGCUUCCGCCAGCGCUCCUCCUCCUCCGGGUCCUGUGGCCAGCGCUGCCGCGCCUCUUCCCACCACCAGCAAGGUAACUGCCACCGCUCCUCCAUCCGGAGCCGCGUAUCCCCAUACCGUCGUGAUGGCCUCUCCACCCGGCAGCGGAGUUGUGGUCCAGCAGCCGUCGGCAGUUGUGGUGACCGCUGUGACUAUCGUAUCUCCCAACCCAAUGCCAAUGGUAUGCCCAAAUUGCCAUCAGAAUAUCGUUACUACGGUGCAUUAUGAAAAUGGUCUGCUAACCUAUAUUCUUGUUGGAGGAUGUUUAGUCUUUGGUUGCUGGUUGGGUUGUUGUUUGAUUCCCUGUUGUACUCCUUCGUGCCAGGAUGUGAUCCACACGUGCCCAAACUGCCAGCGUUUCAUAGGUCGUUACAAUCGCAUAUAAAGGUUUAGUGCUUCUAUAAUUCUACCUAAAUCCCUGCUUUUCCCAGAUGAUUUUUUCUGACUUUAUACCGUUGCAACAAACAAUACUGUUAAUCUGGAGAAUUUUGUUUAUCGAGCGUUGAUCGAUUGUUUUAACAUAUUUAUAAACAAUUGAGAUCAAUCAGAGAAACAAACCUAUCAUAACAGUCCUUCACAAGUUUGCAAGAAUAAAUUAAAUGCAGCAACAGCAAAUAACAA